AUGGCUUCUCCUGCAAUCACCUUCAAAAUGGUUUUUCUCUCGGCCCUUUUUGCUGCAGUCUUGGUGAACUCGUACCGGUUCGAAGUUGGAGAUGAAAGAGGGUGGAGUAAACCAACUGGAAAGGAUCCUCAAUCAUAUAAUCAGUGGGCUGCUAAAAACAGAUUCCGUAUUGGAGAUACAGUUUAUUUCAAGUACCAAAAUGACUCAGUGCUGGAAGUGAUCUCUGCUGAUUACUUAAACUGCAACACAUCAAACCCUAUCUCGAAAUCUGAAGAUGGAGACACGGUUUUCCAAUUUGAUCGUUCAGGGUUCUUCUAUUUUAUCAGUGGGCAGCCUGAUCACUGUAAAGCCGGCCAAAAGAUCAUUAUUCGUGUGAUGCAUCCCUCUGAAGUGGAGUCACCUGGGCCCGCGCCAUCCCCGGGAGGAGAUGGUGGUGGUUGGGAUUCGGACAACUGGGAAUCUCCACGGUUUAAUGCUACCUCCAAGCUCUUUGCUGUCUCUUAUUUCAUGACUGUUGUGGCAGGCCUGUUUGUUGUUCUCUAUUUGUUCAUGUAA